AUGUAUGACAGGUUCAAAGGUAAUCCACAAUACGAGAAAUGGUGGACCGAUGUGCACUAUCGUCUGAUCCCGGUGGAGGAAGUAUUGACUGAGUACGAUCGUAAUCGCUAUGCAACAGAACUGUCGUAUGCGAAUCAGCACAAGUACUUGGGUGUCUUCCGACGAAAGGAGGAAGACAACGAAGUUCGUUCAGACGAGACUCCACACUGGGUAGUCGCCAUCCGGGGAACUCACCCCUUGAAUUGGGCGGAUCUAAAAAACGAUUUCAGGAUCUUUGUGGAGACACUGAACUCUUCAAAAACGAUCACAAUUCUGGAGGCUGUGGUCCGGAGUCUCGGUGAGCAACAUGGGUACCGCAACGUGAUCGUGACCGGUCAUUCACUCGGCGCCGCCAAGGGCUUGCUGGUAUGUCGAAGGCUGGCACUGGAGGGAUCUCCGGUUGAGGGCCACUUCUUCAAUCCUCCGUUCACCACUCUAUCAUCGGUGGCGGGCAUCUUUGCACAUGUUGUGAAACAUGGUAUUACCAAGGCAUUUCCAGCGCAGGGUGAAAAUCUCAUUGCCUUUGGUAAGCGCGUGGCCAGUGCAGGGAUAGAACUUUUCUAUGGACUGGCCGACACCGAAAGGAGAAGAAAACAAAAAGCACUUGAAGAGUUCCAGGCACUGGCCAAAAUCAAAUGGUCUCCGUAUCUCUAUGUACACAAAUAUGACCUCAUCUGCCGUCAGUUUCUCUCACACUUCAGGAAAGCAGCCGAUGAGGAUUACAUAGCCGUCGAUCAGAAAAAGUGGUAUUCUUCCUUUUCUCCGUUAACAAAUAGGUUACUGGGAGAGACGGAGUCGUUCCAUCUGUUUCCUUCUGCAUAUGUGGUUAAAAUUGAAGACAGAAAACUCCUAGCCCGGCCCCUUUCAGCACACAUGUUGUGGAACUGGUUGGAUCCACAUGUCUCACGUAAAUUCGAGAAGGCUGUCCUCUUGCAUGCAUGCAUGGAAUGGGCCGAAGGCCGAAAUUGAUUGGACCUUGCAAAGCCUAGAGUACCACAGCCUCAGCAUAUUCCAUGUUCCAGUGUUCACUGCACUGCGUUCCCGAGUCUCAUGAAGGAUUCUACAACCACUAGUGUUUAUAUCAG